GACAACAACAGCGGAUUCCGGAUGCCGGAUCAUUGACCACCAUUUUACCAUUCGACUAAGAGUAACAAAACAACAGCGGUGAGAAGGCUGCUCCCAAAUCCUCCAAACGAAAAACCCUCAGUUAGAACUUAGAACAACCGGCGGCGAUCAUGGAGAAGAAUUCAGAGCCGACGGCGAACAAGAACCAGAAGAAGGCCAAUCUUCUAGAUCACCACUCGAUCAAGCAUAUUCUCGACGAAUCCGUCUCCGAGAUCGUUGCGAGUCGUGGAUACGCUGAAGAUGUCAGGAUGAGCAAUGUCAGGUUGUUGCUGGGGACUGUCAUUAUUGCCGUCGCUCUCGUGGCUCAGUUUUACAAGAAGAAGUUCCCCGAGAACAGAGACUUUUUGAUCGGUUGCAUCGGCAAGUAUGUAGUCCUCAACGUGGUGUUGCAGCUGAUCAUAUUCGUGAAGGAAAAGAACGCCAUCUUGUUCACUUACCCUCCUCAGGGAUCUUACACAAGUACUGGUUUGAUGAUCACUUCCAAAUUACCAAGAUUCGCUGACGACUACACACUUACUAUAGCAAGUGCUGAUCCAAAGUCGAUUUCUGCUGGGAAGACAGUGGACCUGACUAAAAGUGUUACAAAAUGGUUCACAAAGGAUGGAGUUCUGGUGGAAGGCCUAUUCUGGAAGGAUGUUAACUCCCUAUUAGACCAGUACUCGGGGGAAGCAAAGAAGAGCAAGUGAUCUAUUUAAAAUCCGAUUACUUUGAUGACCUAGGUGAAAAAGCAUACAUUAGCUCCAGUGGUAUCAUGCUCUGCUUUAGAACUACAACUUUCCAGCCUAGAGGAGGAAAUAGACUUUGAAUUAUCUGUUUGGACCAUCCAUUGUUACUCUCAGCUGAAGCAGUUCUGUCUUGAGAAUCGUUUUCUGCCAUCUCGAAUGAAUGCCCUCUUUAGUGCUACAUGAUCCAAAUUGGUAGUCGUUUUGGUUGCUUGCAGUUGCAGCCUUGUAGGUGAAAACUCUGCUCCUAACAUUUGAGCUCAAUUGUCGGAGUUCUUUUGUGUUGGGCUUGGGCCUUCAACUUAUGUAAGUGAUGUGGAUCUUUUAUGUUUUUAUAUUAUGAGCUAGCCCAACUUCUCAGUACUGUGUCAUGACUCAGGACUCAUGAGUGAUGACAGGUGUAAUCCAACUACAAGAAGUCAGCGCCAUGAUAUCGAGUCGUUGUGGAAAGGGCCCACAUUAAGGAAAAUAUUUGUGUCGCUGAAUUGGCGGGCCCAAUGCUGGGCCCGUCUGUCCCUAUCGGUCCCGUUAAUCAGUCCCGGCCCUCACUGUCGCCGUCUCACAGAGUGAGCAUCUCCUCACACCAAUAAUUCUAUUCACUUGCAGCGCCUGUCGCUCUCGCUUACUAUAUAUGGUCAGAAAUUCAUUCCUGCCGGUGGAGUGGCAUGAUUAAUCAAGAGACGUAAAGGAC